AUGGCGAAGGUGGCGAAAGAGAGUGCGGAUGUUAUCAUUCUUGAUGACAACUUCUCCACUAUAGCCACUGUUGCUAAGUGGGGUCGAUCAGUGUACAUCAAUAUUCAGAAGUUUGUGCAGUUUCAGCUGACAGUCAAUGUGGUUGCUCUCAUUGUAAACUUCUCUUCAGCUUGCUUGAUAGGGAGUGCUCCUCUUACCGCUGUGCAAUUGCUCUGGGUCAACAUGAUCAUGGACACACUAGGCGCACUGGCAUUGGCCACAGAACCUCCAAACAAUGAGCUGAUGAAGAGAACUCCUGUUGGAAGGAAAGGAAACUUCAUCAGCAACGUCAUGUGGAGGAACAUCAUGGGACAGGCCAUCUACCAGUUCCUUGUGAUUUGGUAUCUGCAGGCUGAAGGGAAAUGGCUCUUUGCAAUCGAGGGCGACAACUCCGAUCUAGUCUUGAACACAAUCAUCUUUAACUGCUUCGUAUUCUGCCAGGUUUUCAAUGAGGUGAGCUCAAGGGAGAUGGAGAGGAUAAAUGUCUUCCAGGGCAUCCUAGACAACAAUGUCUUCGCCGCCGUCCUCGGCAGCACCGUCGUCUUCCAGUUCAUCAUAAUCCAGUUCCUCGGCAACUUUGCGAACACGACCCCUCUCACGUUCACGCAGUGGAUCGCCAGCAUCUUCAUCGGCUUCAUUGGCAUGCCGAUCGCCGUUGCGGUGAAGAUGGUGCCGGUCGAUUCUGCGUAG